GCGGGAUGGACCGAAGGCCAGUAGAUGAGCAAACGAUUUGCCUGGCGAAGCGUAGCCAUGUUGGCUCAACCCAUUUUAGCUCAAGCCAUUUAGGCUCACGCCUUUUCGGCCGAAGCUGGCUGGGCGCGAUGAGUCGCGCUGGUUCAGUUUGUUUGUUCCCGGCUGUUUCAAACCAUUUGUCUCAAUACGUGGAUGUUGUUGCGCAGAGUGCUGGCAGGAUGCCUUCCUGCAUGCCCCACCGCAGGCGGCCAUGCUGCCUUGGCAUGCAGCAGCGAUCAGCAGUGUUUCGACGUAGUGGCGUUGCGUCUGCAACGCCGCCAUGACAGAUUGAACGGCGUACUGAGGCGGCUUCGGUGGCCUCGGGCUCUACACUUUGAGGUCGAUGGGGUAUUGCACACGCUACCUGUGCCGUCGGUACACGGAGGCACACAAUCCCAGUCAGAUGCGAUGUUGUCUAAUCAUUUGGCGUAUCUAUCCGGUUUCUUUGACGGGGAUGGUUGUGUAAAUGUUCGUAGCAAUGCGGGGAGUUGUAGCCUUUCUGUCUCCCAGUCGAUUACGCAAGGAUGUGUUUUGAUUCUUUUCCGCAGUGUUCUUGGUGGCGGAAUUUAUUACAAUAGCCCUGGACUUGGCAGGAGGCGACCAGCGCUUCAAUGGAGAGCGACCGGUGAAUCUGGCAAGUGGGCGGCCAAGCAGCUUUCGCAGUAUUCUCGCUUAAAGCAGGGGCAGCUCCAGAUUGCAGCAGCUUGGCCAAAGUGUUCCGACUUGCGCGCUCUGCUCGCACGCCAGCUGAAGGCAAUGAAGAGUGCCCACUACAUACCGCCGAAUUCUGAGCCUUGCUCCUGGGAAUACUUUGCAGGUUUUUUUGACGCAGAAGGGUAUGUGAAAAUACCUAAUCAUUCGGCUUCGGUGCACUUGAGAAUUUGCCAAGUAAACCGCCACGGUUUGGACAGUAUCCUUGGUCUUCUGCGAAAGGACUCAGUUGGCAGCUGGCAUUUGCGACAUUACCCUGCAGCCGCUCGCCCCUGCCAUAUGCUGGACUGCACGGAUUCGCACACGAGCAUGAACACGUUGAGGCAAUUGUUAGCAUCAGGGUUGAUGGUGAAGAGGAAUCAGGCUGAGCUUGCGUUGACUCUUGGGCCUGGAAGUGCCUUGCCCCUAAGAGAGGCCAUGUCCAGACUUUCUGGAAACCAAGGCAAAGGCAAACGCUUGGAUGAACAUGGAGCUGUUAGGGUCAAACUAAUUCGGAAGGUUCGUCGGAAGGUUCGCGCGCAGGCGUUGCGUGCAAGUCUUGGGGAGGACGACGGCGAGUUUUCCAGCUUGAUCCAGCAGGUCUGGCGAUUACAGAGUCAGCAUGCUGUUGGAAUACUCUCCUCGCAAAUAUCAGAUCUUCGCCAGGAUAUCCGAUCUCUCUUGGCCAAAGGGGCAUCGCUCAUCAACAGAAAUACCUUGCCUGGCGAAGGGCCCAACCCUGUGCAGCCACGUGCAGCGCAUGGCGCGGCUCUCUCGUCGUAUACAGCGCGCCGCGGGACGGUGCGGACAGAGGGUGUACCUUUGCACUGCGUC